UGGAUAUAUAAGUUCUUCUUUCAUGGCAACCUCUUCCAGUUUAUAAGUCUUCAUAUCAAAGUGUCCCGCUGUUUCAAUCAUGUUGGAUAGCGACAGUAGUGAGGAAAAUACUCCAGUGAAGAAAACAAAUCCAAACAGGCGUCGAAGAGGACUUGCCAGUAGACUUAAACUGCUUAGUUCUGAAAUUUCUAAUGACUUGACAACGCAAGAAACAGCGAUAUAUUCCACCCAAGUGAACAAAUGUUUCAGCUCAAAAUCUGGCUCCAUUUCAUUAAAUCCAGAGCUGAUUGCAAAAGAAGUUUCAAAUGAUUCAGAUGUAGAAGAAGAGACAGGUUCCAUUUUGUCUUGCAAACAGAGGAAGAUAUCCCCAAGGCAGACCCGAGAUUUAGAUGAUGACGUUGUCCUAUUGGAUGAUGACGACGACGUUAUUUCAUGCACUCCUCCUGUUAACACAACUGAUGCUGAACAGCUACAAUCACCCUCACCGCCACCAGGGCCUCCUUCACCUCCAAGGACUACAAUACAGGUACAGCAAGCCAGAAGGAAGCCACGUAUGACUAAGGCUGUGAAGAAAGCCCUUAGCAACCUUUCCCAGACAAAGACUCAGCUCCAUGUCAACAGUGUUCUCCAGGAGAGCGAGUUAAACACAAGUGAUAUUGUGAUCUGUACAGAUAUCGAUCUGGAUGAGAAACUCACCCUCAAAGUGAGACACGGGACAGACACUCACAGACUUCCUGUUAUGGAGAGUGAUUUCUUCAAAACAAUAUUGACAAAUUUAUCAGAAAGACUUCAGGUAGCUGAGAGUCAAAUAUUAUUGAUGCAUAAUGAUGUAACAAUAUCUGGAGAAGACACCCCCAGAAGUCUUGGAUUAACGAUGGCUGACAUUAUAGACUGUCACGUCAAUAGAGAGGAAUGGACAGUUCCGUCCACAGAAUUCAAUGACAGUCUUGAAGAUACAAACUUGAUCACGCUUUUCAUUCAGAGCAGAAAUGAUCGCCACAAAAUGGAGUUCAAGAUUGACAAGACUUCACCUUUAGAUGUGUUAAUCAGACAAUAUGCAUCAAAAACAGACCGUGAUCCUUCAAAAUUGAGGCUAAUGUUUGAUGGUGAAAAUCUGGAUUUAAGAGACUCAGCCGAAAAUCUGGAGAUAGAAGAUGGCUACACUUUAGAUCUCAUCAUAAAGUGAUAUUGUUGGAAAGAUAUACUACAGACAAACAUAUGGAUGAUCAUGACUACCACUGAAUCAAGUGUUCAUACAGAUUCCCUGAGUACAGACAAACAUAUGGAUGAUCAAGACUACCACUGUAUCAAGUGUUCAUACAGAUUCCCUGAGUACAGACAAACAUAUGGAUGAUAACGACUACCACUGUAUCAAGUGUUCAUACAGACUCCCUGAGUACAGACAAACACAUGGAUGAUCACAACUACCACUGUACCAAAUGUUCAUACAGACUCCCUGAGUACAGACAAACACAUGGAUGAUCACAACUAACUUUGUACCAAAUGUUCAUACAGACUCCCUGAAUACAGACAAACACAUGGAUGAUCACGACUAUCACUGUACCAAAUGUUCAUACCCACUCUCUGACUGAAGACAAACAUGUAGAUGAUCAUGACUACCACUGUAUGAACUGUUCAUACCCACUCUCUGACUGAAGAAAACAUGUAGAUGAUCACGACUAUCACUGUAUGAACUGUUCAUACCCACUCUCUGACUGAAGACAAACAUGUAGAUGAUCAGCACUACCAUUGUAUGAACUGUUCAUACCCACUCUCUGACUGAAGACAAACAUGUAGAUGAUCAUGACUACCAUUGUAUGAACUGUUCAUACCCACUCUCUGACUGAAGACAAACAUGUAGAUGAUCAUGACUACCACUGUAUGAACUGUUCAUACCCACUCUCUGACUGAAGACAAACAUGUAGAUGAUCAUGACUACCACUGUAUGAACUGUUCAUACCCACUCUCUGACUGAAGACAAACAUGUAGAUGAUCAUGACUACCACUGUAUGAACUGUUCAUACCCACUCUCUGACUACAGACAAACAUGUAGAUGAUCACGACUGCCACUGUGUAAACUAUUUACACUGACUUGCUUACUACCUCAGUUAAAUAGGCAGCCAAUACCUGCUCAUGGAUCUUUUUUCAUGAUGGUGAUGUAGUGUUGGAGAUUUCUGCUGCUUCAUCUAUAAAUAGAACGGUCUUUAUAUCAGUGAUGUAGUGUUGGAGAUAUCAGCUGCUUCAUCUAUAAAUAGAACGGUCUUUAUAUCAGUGAUGUAGUGUUGGAGAUAUCAGCUGCUUCAUCUAUAAAUAGAACGGUCUUUAUAUCAGUGAUGUGGUGUUGGAGAUUUCUGCUGCUUCAUCUAUAAAUAGAACGGUCUUUAUAUCAGUGAUGUAGUGUUGGAGAUAUCAGCUGCUUCAUCUAUAUACAGAAUAGUCUUUAUAUCUGAAAAUUGACAGAUCAUUUCUUGAUAUGAAUAUUUGAAAGUUGUAGUUUGGCAGAUGGAAAAAAAUGAAUUUUAUAAAAUUUAGUUGAUUUCAUCCAAAUAUGUACAUGUAUAUAUACAUUUUUUGGACUUAUGUAGGUAUAUGUUUCUAGUGUAAAAAUACAAUCUACAACUCCCACUAUAAACCUAUAGGUUAUUCCAAGAAAUAGAACAUCACUUAAAGGAUUAGACAACUCUUGAACUCCCAACGAUUUCACUGUUAACCAAACAUAUAAAAAAAACUCGGUAAAUUUAACAUUGAAAACAACACAAUACCAUGGCAUACAUUCAUUUACAUAAUUAGCAAAUUUUUACAGUGACAUUCAGAAAGUUCAUGAAAUUAUUUGUUUACAUCUUACUUAUUCAUUAUAUCAUGCUUACUUCAAGUACUUAUAUUAACACUUAUUUACAUAAUUCAGCAAAUUUUUACAGUGACAUUCAUAAACUGAACCUCUGACUUACUAGUCUUCCACUCAACUUAUCAAGCUGAAGAGUAAGUUCCCUUUAGCUGUGCUGUAUAUUCCGGCUCGUAUUUUACCAGGAUUACGUUCUCCCCUUCCAGAAAAUAAAAUCUCCUCAGGUUUCCAGGGGUUACAGUGAUGCAUGUGACACUAAUGCCAAGCAUUUUUACAUGAGUGACAUGUAACAGAGGUGAUAAUUAAUUUCAGUACCUCCACUGCCAUUUGACAGUGGGACUCCUACCUUACUAGUCUUAAGCACAUUGAGCUAAAGAGAAGUUCUCUCUAGUUGAGUUGUAUAUUGUGGCUAGUAUUCUACAAGGAUUACACAUUGGUUGUAUAAUUUGUUCUCUCUCAUACUCUAGAAAAAAACAUUGAUAUCAAUCAAUAGUGGUUUUCUUUCAUGUUUCAAAUUCUUAAAAUUUUCUUCAUGCCCUGAAAUUUGUUGCUUUUGUCUAUCUCAUUACAUUUUAAAAAUGUCCUGGAAGACAUUCUUAGAUUCCUGUUUUGGCACGAUGGGUGAUAAAAUAAGAAUUCUGGAGUUUGCAUUACAUUGAUUACAUUGUGUAGGACUGCAGAAUCUACCAAAUUGAUAUUUCAUAGAGUCUAGUUUAUACAUAGCCAGUCUAACUACUUCACUAAGAUAUUACGUUUACAAAUUGCUGGUAGUCUAAGCAUGUAUGUGUAAAAAUAUAAGUUACUAUUUUUUCUGAUGUUAACAGAGUGUGUUUGUUAUAUAUCCUGUUGUACAUUUCUUUGAUACACUUUUAUAUAAACAUGCACUUCGUAAUCUACAUCUGUCAUCUGAUGAAAAACCAUUCUAUUGUAAUAUUGCUCUCCUUUCACCAGUAUGGAAAGAAAAUUCUGUAGAAUGAAAUGAUUUGUUGUUAUAAUAAAGUUUCAGAAGUAAA